AUUAUCUUGUAGUAGCAUUUCGCGGCUAACGGUCUGCGAAUAACAUCGUGUAAUGAGAUAGCGAUUAGUCGACAACGAUCUAGCAAAAAACCGUGACAAUGACGUUGUUUCAAAGUUUCACUUUCAACAUAUCGAUUUGGCUAUGCAUUCUUUUAUUUAUAACUGUUCCGAACCAAGUUAAGUCACACACGUCGACGAGACAUAAUCACGGUAUGCACGGAACACAUAGUACAUCACCUUGUACGACCACCGAAGCAUCCAACGGUAACAACAAUGAAACUGUCCCACAAGAGCAAAAAGUUAACGUUGAUGGGGUGAAUAUCAAUUACUUGCGUGUUGGAACUGGCGAACAUGUUGUUUUACUACUGCCCGGAGCGAUGGGUUCAAUCUGGACGAACUUUAAACCACAAAUAGAGGGCCUGAGUAAAGAAAAGUUCACUAUCGUUGCGUUGGAUCUGCCUGGUUAUGGAAAGUCCAGACCACCCAACAGGACGUUUCCAACAAAUUUUUUACAGCGAGACGCUGUUUGGGCCCAUAAUUUAAUGAAAGUGUUGGGUUAUGAGAAAUAUUCGUUGGUUGGAUGGAGUGCUGGGGGCGUUGUUUCUCUAAUACUCGCUGGGAUGUAUCCCGAAAAUGUUAGAAAGUUGGUAGCCGUUGCAGCAAACUGCUACGUAUCCGCGCAAGAUAUGCAAAAUUACGAAUUGAUCAGAAAUAUCGACAAUUGGCCAGAGGAGGUACGACAACCGUUAAUAGCUUAUUACGGUGAGGAGUAUUUCCGAAAAACUUGGGCAGAUGGGGUCGACGGCAUUAAAAAUCUGUACGACAAUCGAAACGGUAGUUUGUGCAGAGAAUCGUUACCGAAUAUCACAUCUCCCACUUUGAUCCUUCAAGGAAGCAACGAUGCUGGGAUUCGGCCAGAGCAUCCAGUUUAUUUGAGAGAUCACAUCGCUGGAGCUCAGAUGAAGAUAAUCGAAAAUGGAAUACACCCUGUGCAAUUGCAGUUUCCGGACCAAUUCAACUCUAUCGUUACCAAAUUUUUAACCGAAUAGUCGUUGAUACCGUGAUGCGGUUUUAUUUGUAUAUUUUAUGUGAAAAUCUACUGUUACUUUGUACGAUAUACAUAUGUAUAUUAAAGCGAAACAAUAUGUUUAAAUAAAAAGAUACUUUCCCUGUA